AUGGCGAAACAGGAUGAUAGUCUUUUCCUUCUGGAGGUCCUAAUCGAUAAAAUUGUUUUUGUUAAAAGCCCAUGCUUUUCGGACAAAGACUUUAGGACGUGCGUUAACGUAGAAUGUAAUGCUGUAGAGCCACUGGAAAUAUGUGACGACGAUCCAAAUGUUGGUAUUGCAAAAAGUGGUGGUCCCUUUGUGAAGCCUUUUAAUACUGGUAAAUCGUGCCUUUUUUCGCUCAAAGAGGGUGACAUUAAUGCAGCUAUGAGCAAAUUUCCAGUUAAGGUUUCUGUGUAUAAAUCUCUGCCAUGUGGCUGUUUACCUACAAAAAUUAUCAUGGGCGAAUGCACAAUAGACAUGACAAAAGAAUUCGUUGAAGCAAGAAACAACUUUUUAGCGGAUCCAACCAGUGUAAGCUAUCAAGCACUGAAAGACGCGUUUAGGUUUGUAGGACCGGAUGGAGAAGAAACCGGUGAAAUAGUAAUGUUUUUAAGGAUAUCAUGUUUUGGAAAACUUAUCAUCACAACAUUCCAAGGAUCUGGAGGUCCUCCCAAUUUAGGUGGAAAGACGAGAGGUAGUUCAGGCGUAGUUGAUCGUUCAUGUACACCGAAAAAAGAUUACCAAACAACGGAUGAUCCUUGUGUUUGCGGCGCUGCUCGAGGUCACGGAGGUGCAGGAGGGUCUGGUGGACACACAUGCACGGGUGGCGGUGCAGUUUGUCCUCCGGCUCGAGAUCCAUAUAAUAGCAUGCCAUGUGAAGAUCCAGAUGAUCCUUGCUAUUGCUCUGGACCGAAACCUGCAGAAAAGCAAAAAAUGCUAUGCCGCAAUACUGAUCAAUACUGCUUACAUAUUCCAAAAGGUCGCAGUAAACAAUUUGAGGAAAUAGGCACAACUCUGGGUGGAAAUGAACUUAAGAUAAAAGUUCCCGCUAGCGCAUCAAUAAUCAAGAAGAUAAGUCAAACGCAUUGUGCAAUGCAAAGUCCGUAUACAAAGAACUCAGAUGGUGGUCCAUGCGAACCACCGUGUGGUAAAAACCAGAUAAGCUUAGCGCUUCCAAGCGAAGAUGUAUGUUGUCAUGGAGCGAGACCUGCUGACACCCAAUUUACUUGCACCACAGAAGGAUGCCUGCAGGCAAGUAAGCAUGGUCAACAAGCAGCCAUGGCCCGGGGUGACAAUAAACAAGAAUUGCCUAAUAAAGAUGUAUUUGUUCUCAAAGUUGCUAAAACUGCUCUUCAAGGUGAUAGAAAAUGUAAACUAGAAUUGGAACUGGUUACUCCAAAAGCUGCAGAUAAAAAGCCGCCAAUCGUGAAGCAAAACACGCGAAUACAAUCUGAUCUUGACUAUUGCUGCCCGACGGGAAAUAAAGUGGUUUUCCAAGUACCUACAGACUCUUGUGGAAAUGGUCAUAAGCAGCGAGCACACUUUAAUUUCACAUCAGACGGAGUUGGAGAUUUAGCUAGAGAUGAACCAGGGCAAUUAAUGCCUACAACUUCUGAAAAUUAUCCUGGGGUUGUAUACGACUUUCCUAACACAGUUUAUCCCGACUCCUCUGUUAGUGGCCUUCGAAAUAAUUCAUCAGAAUCCAAGAGCAUAUUCGGUGAAAAGGAAACAAUUGUUUACAUGACUCUUUUUAACGAUUUCUGCCGCCAUAAAUGUUCAGGAACACAAGCUACAGCGUCAGUCAAUAAAUGCUUUCAAGUUUGUAGCAGUAAUUCAAUAGACACACGUUCCGAUUAUUGUUCUUCGUGUAACACAGCCACGUCACACCAAGAAAGCAGUAGAUGCAUAACAGAUGACGUUCAUUAUUCCGAAGUAUACUUUUUCGGCAGGAAAAAAGAACCAGCUGAUAAGAAAGGGGUGGGAGGAAAAAAUUCAAAAACAAAACUAUGCAAAACAGGCCAACCACCUUCAGGAGCCAGUAGAAGUACGGACGCAAAAAGUCGACCAAAGCCCAAAACAAACACUCAAUCACAGACAAAAAGAUCUAGAGGUGCUACGACAUCGACUGGCACUGCGAAAUCGGUAUCAAUCAAAGAUGAUAAACCUGAAAAACCUUGCCCUGCUUUAGCAUCUUCUAAAGGUGAAAUGAUGGCUACCGUGUCACACAUUAAGAUUGGCCCUAAAGAGCCCUGUCCAGUUCAUGGGAACGACCCAUGUCAAGGUCCAAAAUGUAUACUAGCAGCGUCCGGAGAAGAUCAGGCACCAGUGAAAGUAACUACGGCUACAAAUGCGCGAAGAGGUGUUUUCGAAUUGGUUAUUCGUAAAAUUACUGGAGCACCCUUAGCUAGGAACGAAUUAAUGUUAGAAUGGACACCACCACCAUGUCGUCCACCUCCAUGUUCCUCACCGUGCCCCAUACCAUGCGCUUUUCCAACACCAUGCCGACCUUCAAAGUGCAAACUGAUCGUUUGUAAGCCUUCGCCAUGCAGACCUAAAUGUUGUAAGAAGAAACCAUGCGGGCAGCCAUGUCUACCAUGUAAAAAAUGCUGCAAAACAAGCUGUUGUGGAAACCCUUGCCCACCACCGAGCUGCCCAACUUGCUCAGGCUGUACGCCAUUCCCACCACCCCCAUGUAAAAAGCCUUGCAGCCCUCCGUGCUGUAAAUCUCCAUGCAGGAGUUCGCCAUGCUUACGCCCAUGUCCAGUCGGCCGUAAGCGACCACGGAGGUGUAAAAGUCAACCAAAAAUAAGGACACACAAAAAACGUACAUCACCUUGUAAUAAUCGUUCCAAAACAUGUCCAGUGGUUAAAUGCCGAAGUGUGCCAGGUUGCUGUGGGCCGCCACUACCAUGCCCACCUAGAAAAUGUUGCUCUGUGUCUCCUUGCAAGCCUGCCAAAUGCUGCAGGAGCAAUUGCUCCACUUGCUGCUAA